AUGAUCACCCGCUUCCUCUCCGAAGUCCGCACCUCCUUCAACCCUUUCUCCCCGCUCUCCAAAACGGCCCGCACCUUCCUCGCCCAACUGCCCCCCGACGCGCGGUCGCAGGGCAUGGUCAUAAAAUCCACCAUCCUGCCGCGGACGAGUACGCAAAAGCCCGAGCUCGCUGUGAAAUUUAAGGACGGGAAAAAGCUGAAGUUGGAUCUGGCGACGAUGCGCUCGACCGAGGUGAUGGCGGAGGUGGAUCGGCAUUCGAGGAUACUGGCGCGGAAGGAGGAGUUGAGUGGAUGA